CUUGACGUUAGCUGAUUAUUACUAUAGACUUCGGUGCAAAAGUUCCCUGCAGCUAACUCUUGUUGGUAGCGCCCAUUGCACGGGAGCAAUUUUUACUUUCGUUUCUAUCCGGACAGAUGUUCAAGUGUGGUUGACUUUCACAGAAUCCAAUACCUUCUCAACGAUACGAUAUGCCUGACAUGGAGAAUCCCGACAGUGAUCGACCUCUGGAAGAUGUUGACGCCACUCCAUUGCUAGGCGACCGCUCCAGUCGCGGGUUUCAGUCACUGUUUACGCGUCAAAUCCCCACCGCUUCUCUUCUUCUUUAUGUCUGUCUUUUUCUGGUAAUGGAAUUAGGCGGCUCUCUACCCGCCAAUUCUUUAGUUCAAGUUGUUGAAGAGGCUCUUUGCCGGGAGAUGCGUGGGGCACCCGACUGCGGUGCGGAUGAUGAUGUGCAAAGCUCCCUAGCCAUCUUGAUGGGAUGGUAUCAUACUGCCAUGAUACUGCCAGGACUACUUACAGUGCUGCCUUAUGGAAUGCUUGCCGACCGUUACGGGCAGAAACCGUUUCUUGUGCUGAGUACUUUCGGCAUAGCCCUGACUGGUGCGUGUGUAAGAAUCAUCUGUUUUUGGCCGGAAAAGUUCUCUAUUCACGCACUAUGGGCCACGCAGCUUCUCUACUUCAUCGGCGGAGGCCUUCCAGUCAGCAAUGCUAUUGUCUUUGCCAACAUUACCAGCCUUACUACUGAUGUAUCGAGGUCCUCUGUUUUCUCUUUCAUCAUCGCCCUAUCGCUCGGUCCCCGCCUUAUCGCCACCAUAGUUGCUUCGAGGUUAAUAGAACUGUACGGCCCAUGGCUUCCAUUGUGGUUUAGUCUAGGUUUUCUUGUCGCCACUUGCCUUCUCUCUUUUUUCAUUAUAGAACCAAAGAAAAAGGUCAAGCACUUGGAUGACUCUGUGUCGGACGACGCCAAUGCGUACUCUUCAUCGGAGCAGCCAACUGCCGCGGCUGGCAGCAGACAGCUGAAGGACAAGAUAUUGAGAAGCUUUCAAGAAGCCAGAGCAGGUGCAUCCUUUCUCAUGCAGAAAAGCAGCUCCUUUACCAUCCGAAUCAUUGUCUGCUUGAUAUUCAUGACAUUGGCCUGGCAGUGCUCUGGUGUGAGUGAACAGCUCAUGCGGAGGAGAUUUGGUUGGAGUUGGGCUAAGCUAUCUUACGUCACCGCCUUGCAGAUUAUCGUAGGCAUCAUCUCCUGCAUGAUUAUUUUGCCCAUUGCAUCUUAUAUUAUGUCCAGCAAGUUCACCAUGAGUGCAACGGCGCGAGACCUGUCUGUAGCGCGUGCUUGCGGCGCUGUGUUUAUCUUUGGAGCCAUUAUUACAACGUUGACGCCCAAUGGUUUUGGCAUGCUUAUUGGUGUUGUACUAUUUAAUCUAGGCACAGUGUACAACCAGGUCCUUAAAAGUCUGCUCGUGGUAGUAGUCGGUGAGAACUCAGUAGUACUAUUUAGUGGUCUCAACAUUCUCGAGACGAUUGGCAAUUUGACAUCGGCGCCUCUUGUGGCCCAGGCAUUUAAGUUUGGCCUGUGGUUGGGAGGGAUUUGGAUGGCACUACCUGUUAUGUUUAGUGGCUCAUUUGCCUUGAUCGGACUAUUGGUCCUUGGAGUAAAGAAUAGUAACUAGACUUUAGUUCGCAUUUAGAGUCCGAAUCAGGUCUGCC